AUGCCAGAAGUGGAUCGAAAGUCAAGAUUAGCUUCUUUAAGAAAGAAUAGAGCCAGCAAGGCUGAGCCGAAAGAUAUCAGUUCCAAUGAAGUUGGUGAUUCAGUAAAAACCAAUGAUCCAAUAGCACCAGAGCUAGAAUCAGAGCUAGAACCAAAAGCAGUACCAGAGACAGACAAAGAAGAAGACUAUGAACUACCGACAGAAUCUGAGGACACUACUGUUCCAGAGCCCUUACCUACUGUACUACUGGAACAACGGACGAGGUCGACUACUAGCGCGAUGAAGGAAGAUUUAGCCCAUUAUUACCACAAGGCAAAUUUAAGGACAAAUAGGGCCCUCAAUAGAAUAAUUCAGGAGAAACUUACAUAG